GAGUUGUUCUGACAUUCAGUGUGACAAAUACAGCCGUUGACGAUGCACGUACGUUCGUGCAGAAAAAAAAUUGGCGCGAACCUUUUUAUCGCUGUAAAUAAACAUUGAAAAGUGAUUAUAAUUUUUACUUAUUGUGAUGACCGAGACAUUAAAAUAUACGAUCCGAAUAAUUGUAGUGACGACGUUGUAUUACACUUUAAUCAAUGUAUUUAAAGAAAUCAAACGUUAUAUGACUGUACAAUUCACGGGGACACAGUAAUAUUGGAUUAUACAAAAGCUGAAAGUUUGGUAUUCAAAAUGGCCGACGCAGAUCUUCUUAAUUUCACAGAUGACAUAACUUCUAAUGUCCAACAGAGCGAACUCUCUAAAUUUUCUCCAGCACUUCUCACAUUCGCUGCGGUUAUCACUGGAAUAAUUAUGGUCGUCGGCCUCUUCGGUAAUCUUCUCACAGUGGUAGCACUUCUAAAGUGUCCUAAAGUGAGAAAUGUGGCUGCAGCAUUUAUUAUAAGCUUAUGCAUAGCCGAUUUUCUAUUCUGCGCUGUGGUGCUUCCGUUCGCCAUAUCUGGCUUCUGGACGAGAACCUGGUCCCACGGGGGAGCUCUGUGCAAGCUAGUACCGUUCCUACGGUACGGGAACGUGGGCGUAUCACUUUUGAGUAUCGCGCUAAUUACCUUAAAUAGGUACAUAAUGAUUGCUCAUCACAGCUGGUAUGCGCGUGUGUACCGAAAACACAAUAUAGCUCUCAUGAUCGUGUUCUCGUGGAUGUUUUCGUACGGUAUGCAGAUACCGACACUUCUUGGAGUCUGGGGUAAAUUCGACUACGAUCCAGAAUUAGGCACUUGUUCAAUAGUGCCAGAUGACAACGGUCGCUCUGCCAAGACAGCUCUCUUCGUCAUCGCCUUCAUUGUGCCAGCGCUGCUGAUCUUGAUUUGUUACGCUCGAAUAUUUUGGGUGGUCCACAGCUCAGAACGAAGAAUGCGUGAACAUCAACGUUCGCAAAAUCCAAACCCUGGUACCCUAAACAACGGCAGUGAAAAACGGUCGACGAUAAAGGACACGAGAGAGACGAAAGCGCGCCGUAACGAGUGGAGGAUAACGAAGAUGGUACUCGCAAUCUUUCUCUCCUUCCUCGUCUGUUACCUGCCCAUCACUAUCGCCAAAGUCGCCGAUAGUCACGUACAUUACCCAAUGUUCCACAUCGCUGGAUACCUGCUGCUGUACGCGAGCGCGUGCGUGAACCCGAUCAUCUACGUGAUAAUGAACGCGCAGUACCGCGCGGCGUACGCGGCGGCGCUGUGCUGCCCGCUGUCGCGCCUGUCCGGCCUCACGAGCGAGAAAUGGAACGAGCGUCACGGAUACAGCUUCAGCAACACACGAACGGUUCUAAGCCAAGUGUCGCUGGGGGAGUCGAGAGCCGACCCUCGGGGGUCUCUGCCUACAGGAAGAUAGAGCAAACAGGAUCGAGAAAGAUAUACCCUGUAAGGUCAACAGGUAGUCUGCCAAGUAUAGGACAUAGAAACGAGACUGUUACCAGCGGGCUUGGAUCGCAAAACAUGAAAAUCACUAGAUUCGAAUUGGACCAUUA